AUUCGGUGGUUGUUUUGGUGUAUUCCCCUGACUUAGCUCGUCAACGGCCGUGAGGACAGUCUCGUCGAUCUCUUCAGGAACCCGUGCUCAAGCUUCUGACUAGUUGGUAUAUAAGAGAUGGAAACGCCUGGCAUGAACCGAGGACAGAGGAAGUGUUGCGAUCCCGCUUUUGCCGGUCCCCUACAGUGAAGCGACUCUCCCAGCCGACAUCCCUCCGCCCCGAUGCGUCUCUACACCCUCUUCAGUCUGGUGGCUGCGGCUGCGGCCCUCCCGAGCCAAAUGCGUCGAGACGAUUUCGAGGUCCGGCCAUGGAUUGCUGCCACCGCCAGCGACUCUCGCGGGCCCUGUCCCAUGCUGAACACGUUGGCCAACCAUGGAUACCUUCCCCGCAACGGUCGCAACAUCACCGUUGAAAUGUUCGCCGAGGCUAUCCACACAGCACUGGGCUGGAGCCCACAAUUCGGCACCGUCCCAGCCAACAACGCCUUCAAAGUGCUCAACAUCACGGACUCCAUCGAGCUCAAGCAGCUCGACAACCGCGCCUCGGGCCUCGAACGCACAAGUUCCCUAGCCCGCGCCGACGACAGCAACGCCGUGGUGCCUGCUCGCGUUCUCGCCGUCCUCGCCGACAGCGACGACGAGAAAUACAUCUCCGCGGCUUCGCUGGGGCGCUCGCGUCACCGGCUCGAGCUGGGCAACCCGCUGACGCCGGCGCUGCAGAGCGCGGCGCUGAUUGAGGCCAGCAUGACGCUGGCGUUCAAUCUCGACGGGCCUGUGCCUGCUGCUGGGUCUGGCGCGGAUUAUACGCAGUUGAGGGCGUUCAAGGACCGCGUGCAGGAGUGGCUGACGUUUGAGCGGCUGCCGGUUGAGCUUGGCUGGAGACCGUCUGUGCGGGAGGUGUCGACUGCUGAUCUUGGGCCUAUUAUUGCCCUGAUUAGCCAGGCACAGGCCGAGGCCGCAUAAGCAUGCUAUAGGACUUUGGUUCAUAUCAAGAAGAUAAUUAUAAUGGAAUAUGCCACCCUAUCAUACCUACUUCAAGACGUCUCACUCGCAG